CUGAGACUCCAGAAAGAUGUCUUAUCAACAGCAGCAGUGCAAGCGGCCCUACCAGCCACCUCCUGUGUGCCCACCCCCAAAGUGCCCUGAGCCCUGCCCACCCCCAAAGUGCCCUGAGCCCUGCCCACCUCAGCAGUGCCAGCAGAAAUGCCCUCCCGUGCAGCCUCCUGCACCUUGCCAGCAGAAGUGUCCGCCCAAGAGCAAGUAACAGCUUGAGGAUUCAUCAGGACCGUGAAAGGAUGAGGACAAUUGGCUCACCUGUUCUAAAGCUCCACCCUCACAUUCUCUUC